GUUGUCGAAAGAAUUUAAGUAGCUUUGUUUUACUCAUUUCAAUCUAGGGUACAUAUAAUAAUACCAAGUAGGGAUAUAUUGCGAUUUUAAAAUACAAAGUCGAGAUAAUAAGGGAUUGAGGGAGUAAUUGUAUUUUUGGCAGGAGUUGCUUAGAGUGCAGUUUAUGGAGGGAAAAACACAGGUUAUUGCUGAAUAAUAAUAGGUCAAUACAAAAACAUAAAAAAUUGAGCUUCUCAUCACUGCUCUCAGUCAUGAUUCCACCUAACACCGUUGCAUUGAAUAAUCUACCAUUAAACUUCUCUCUCAUUUUCAUUCGGUCAACCCAUCUCUGUUCACUCUUCUCAUGCUUUUCAUUCUCUGCGGCAUUUCUACAAACACAAAGUACGCAUCUUUGAGAAGCACAAAUUUGAUCAGCCAUGUCUGAUAUUGUUACUGAAGUUUGGAAGAAGUAUCUUUUGCAGCUUCAAAUCCACCCCCUUAGAACUAAGGCAAUUACUUCUGGGGUUCUUGCUGGGUGCAGUGAUUUUGCUGCCCAGAAAAUUUCUGGGAUUAAAAAGCUUCAAUUUAAGAGAUUAUUCCUUAUUAUGAUAUAUGGGUUCUUCUAUUCUGGACCAUUUGGGCAUUUUUUGCACAAAGUUAUGGACAAGAUUUUUAAAGGAGAGAAAGGAAGCACAACUGUGGGAAAGAAGGUGAUACUGGAACAAUUAACAGCUAGUCCAUGGAAUAACUUGUUUUUCAUGAUGUAUUAUGGUCUUGUGGUUGAAGGAAGAACGUGGCCACUGGUCAAGACUAAGAUCAAGAAUGACUACCCUCCUGUACAGCGAACUUCUUGGAAGUUUUGGCCAAUUAUAAACUGGGUGAACUAUCAAUAUAUGCCUCUGCAACUUCGUGUUCUGUUUCACAGCCUUGUUGCCUCUUGCUGGGCAAUCUUCCUUAACCUCAAAGCAAGAUCUACCGCCAUCAAGAAGGCCUAGACAGUACACACGGAUCAGUCUCAUUACCUUUCGUCCUUUCCUUACAGUCAUCUCAUCAGUUUCUCAAGUUAGAAACCAAUCGACGGUAGUAGCUCCGGGGUUUAGAAGUUCAGGAAUUAUUGAAGCUAAUAAGUACAGGAAUCAUGCAUUUAAUUAUACUUGUAUUAUUGGCAAUGAUUUGUAAUUCUAUUUUGUUAGCCUGUCUCCAAAUAACUACCCUAUUCAUGUGGGAUAAACUUGAUGUGAGCUUUGUAAGACCAUGUGGGGACAGGAGUUGAUGGGGAGCCAAAAAAUUACAGUAUUUGUAUUGAGUAAUUUGUAACUACCAUACAUAAAACAAAUUAUUCUAAGUUUAGUAAUUUUUCAGUCUUGAUUGAAUUC